AUGGAACCUAAUAACAAGGACGAGAUUUUAAGCAAUUUCAUUGCUAUUACGCAAUGCCCGAGCGAACAAGCAACACGCUACUUAGAAGCUGCUCAAUGGAAUGCCCAAACAGCCAUGGAGAUCUUUUUUGAUAAUGGUGGUUCACAAGCUGGUGAACCGAUUCCCACGACACACACAGCCUCAUCUGCAGCGAAUACUAAUCAAGGCUCAUCAGGACCAAUAGCGUCUGGUGGAACUGGCGGUUAUGAAUCAGAUGAUGAAAGUCCUAUGCAAUCAGCUAUUGAAGAAAGUCUACGAGCGAAUGCAAGCGCGGAAAAAUCGACUGGAGAUACAAGCAAGAAACCAGCAGCGCCUCCAAGCAGAUUCGGUACUAUCGGCACUUUACAACACGAAGAAGAAGACUCUGACGAAGAAGGUUGUCAAGCUUUCUAUGCUGGCGGUUCUGAACGUAGUGGUCAACAAAUAAUUGGCCCAGCAAAACCUAAAAAUAACGAUAAAAAUGUAACGAAAAUCUUUGAAUCAGCUCGCAAACAAGGUGCCAUGGAAGCCGAUGAUGACGAUGAUCAAGACGGUCGUUCUUCCCGGGCGAAAAAGGAGAAAGCAUUCAGCGGUGUUGGAUAUAGUUUAGGUGAUGAUUCGACGCCUUCGCGUACUUUCGGCCAACCAUCAGCAGGCGCAGCAGCAGCUGCUGCUGCCAAUCGACCAGAGCAGUUACCACUUCGAUUCUAUUCCAACGGAUUUACUGUUGGUGAUGGUGAACUACGUAAAUUCGAAGAAAACAAAGAAUUCAUGGAUCACAUCAAACGUGGUGAAGUACCACCUGAACUCAGGAGUUUAUCAGCAGGUGGACGCCAAGUCGAGGUACGUCUUGAAGAUCAUCGUGGCGAAGAAUAUAAGCCACAAGUGCCACAAUUCAAACCUUUCGGUGGUGCCGGCCACAUGCUAGGCUCACCAGCUCCAAAUGUUAAUCAAUCAACAACUACAGGUCCCGUUCCUUUCAAAUCCUCCAUGGCAUCGAGUAGCUCUACAGUAUCAACGGCUACGGAUUCAGAUCGUCUCGAGAAACUCGCUGAACAGCAAUUAAAAUCAUCCUCAUCGUCAACGACAAUUCGUCUUCGCUUACCAGAUCUUUCAACUCCUGUACGUAUUGCGAUUGGUUUAGAUCGUACUUUAGCCGAUCUUCGUAAGCUCCUCAUUGAAAACGUUCCAUCACUUCAAUCGAAUCAAUUCGAAUUCAUUGAACCACCUUCGACAAAAAUCAAACGUGAAGAUGAAACAAAAACAGUUCGUGAUGCCAAACUAACCAAUGCUACAAUCGCAGUCCGUCGAGCUACAUAA